CGAAGGCAUGAAUGUCGUAAAAAACCAACAUGGCGGCUGCAAUGACAGGACGUGGUGUCUCUUUUAUUAGGAGUAUACCUUCGGUGUUACUCUCACGGUUACAGAUUCUAGGUGGCUCCCAGCAGAUCUCAUGUCUCCACACCAGCGCAUCCCUGGAAUCCAAAACCUGGGAGAGGAGGAACCUAAAAGUGUAUCCACCUCAGCUGCCUGAUGAGCCUCGCAGACCAGCAGAGAUUCACCACAGUAGGAGGCAGAUUAAGUACAGCAAAGACAAAAUGUGGUAUUUGGCCAAAAUGAUCAGAGGGAUGAGCAUCGAUGAGGCCAUUGCACAGCUGGAGUUUAAUGACAAGAAAGGAGCAAAAAUAAUGAAAGAGGUCCUUCUUGAAGCUCAGGAGAUGGCAGUGAAGAAUCACAAUGUAGAGUACAAAUCCAACCUGUUUGUAGCCGAGUCGUAUUCUGGCAAAGGGAAGUACCUGAAACGGAUCCGUUACCACGGCAGGGGUAUGUUUGGCAUAAUGGACAAAGUUUAUUGCCACUACUUCGUCAAGCUGGUGGAGGGCGCACCACCCAAAAUUGAGAAGAAGACUAGCUUUGACCAGGCCAAAGAGUACGUCCAGUCCCUGAAGAACCGAACCAUCAUCCACAGUCUGUAGAGCAGACAUCUGACACCAUUUCAAUCUCACUGUAACCAUUUUUAUGUGUAUGUAUCAUUUUUUUCUGUAAAUAAAUACAUGAGAAUUUCUGAGCCUUA